AUGUCCGUAACGCCCGGCGUGCUUUCCGCUUCCCUCACCGAGGCAAACCGAAUCUUUUCGGGCCCCGCGAAUCUGAAUUUCCGGAGCAUGCAAGAAGUGGACUUCCUAUGCUUCGAAAGGCGAAGCAACUGCUCAAGUAUUAUCAUAAGGGAAGACAUGUUCCAAACGAAAACAUCGAACGAAGACGCCAAAGUCCUCCUGGAUGAAAACGAUUCGGAUGUUCUAUUUUCGCCGUCGAUGAGCCUCUGUCUGCUUGUGGCGUAUACGUUCGUGUUUUGUUGCUGCUUUUUCGGCAACUUACUUGUGAUCGUUGUGGUGUGCCUAAAUCGCCGCAUAAGAACGAUAACGAACUUUUUUCUCGUGAACCUCGCCAUCGCCGAUUUUAGUGUCGGUCUGUUUUGUGUUUAUCAGAACAUUUCUCUAUACCUCAUGGAACGAUGGAUAUUCGGAGACUUCCUGUGUCGAAUGUAUCAUUUUGUGCACGGCAUGAGUUAUACAGCCUCCAUACUGAUUCUCACGGCGAUCUCAGCGGAGAGAUACUUGGCGAUUUGUCAUCCGAUGUGGAGUAAAAGGCACAUCACAAUCGGUUACCUUCGCGCGACCGUCUGCACUAUUUGGAUCAUCGCCGCGGCAUACUCGGCGCCGAAAAUCAUGAUUUACGGAGUCAUCCGCUACGACAGCGAAGACCAACCGGGAGAAUUGUGUGUGAUGCUACGCGAAAUGAAAUCUUACUACAAGCUGCAUAAGUUGUACGAUUUGAUCAACUUCAUCGUGUGCUUCGUUGUGCCCUUGGCGAUUAUAACGGUGCUCUAUACGUUCAUUUGCCUCAGACUGUGGCGAUCGCAGGCCAUGCUUCUCCCGAAUAAAAGUCCCUCGCUCAAUGGCAAUUUGAAAGCUGCGCACUCGCCCCAAGUGAACCUGGACGUCCAGGAUAACCUAUCGAUUAAUCAAGCGAUUCCGACCCCUCCGGAAAUCCAAACCACUUGCGAUGACGAGAGCAUCGCCGAAAAAACGGGACUCACCUCGGGGAUGAGCCGGAGCCCUAUAAUUAAAACUCGUCAAAAGAACAAUCAUGGCUCACCGGAUCACAUCGACAUCGAGAGCGGCCGACACGAUCGAUGUAACUCGUCGAGCGCCGUCCUCCGCUCCCGCAGAAAAGUGAUACGACUCCUAGUUAUUGUUCUUCUGUGCUUCGCUGUUUGCAAUCUUCCCUUUCACGCACGAAAGCUUUAUCAAAACUGGAGCGCGUCCUACGACGGAACGCAGCUCCCGUACGUUGUCUUGACCAUGAGCACGCAUCUAAUUCUGUAUCUCAACUCGGGAAUCAAUCCCUUCCUCUACGCUUUGUUCUCGAAUAAUUUCCGGCGAGGAAUGCGCGACGUUCUUUGCUGUAACACGAGCCGAAUGAACAGCGCAACGACUGCGACGCAGCUCGCUCGCUUCCCAUCUAACCAAAGGCAACAAUCCUUGGGUAGAAAAUUAAACUCGCAGGACGUCUGA